CCCUGUACUACAUCCUCCGACAAUAACAAACAGUCCCGCCUUUCCCUGUGAUACUCGAGCAGGUUGGGCCUGUCGAACGCGGGCAACCGGUCCCUAGCAAUGUCGUUCCAAACCCCGCGCAGGCUUAAUCCCCUGCGCCCAAGUCUAAACCCAACAGCUUCAAGCCCAAACCUCUCCCUCACCGCGCAGCAGCAAUUUGCGAGAAAGGCCAGUCUAAACGCCCUAGUAGGAGCAGCGUCACCUCCCCCAAACAGAAUGGGUGCCGACGGGCGCGAUAUUGGCGUAGGCGAUGCCGUCGACGUGCCGGGCGGCAUGCAUGGUGUGGUCAAGUUCAUCGGUAGCGUUAGCGGCAAGAAAGGCGUGUUUGCGGGUGUGGAACUAAGCAGACAGUAUGCGUCGCGUGGGAAGAAUGACGGAGAAGUCGAGGGCACCCAGUACUUCAAGACCUCCGUACCCGGCUCUGGUAUCUUCCUCCCCGUCCACCGCGCGUCGAAACGCUCCUCAGCAGACUCGUCCGACUUCCCGCCCACUCCUACCACGCCGGGUUACAACAACUUCAGCCUCUCGACCAUCGAGAAGCCCAACUUCGGCCCGGACACGCCUUCAAUACCAAAGUUCUCGCAAUCUCUUGGGCCUGGAGCUCGUGCGCAGAGUCCUCAGUUCAAGUCACCUGGGCGACCUUCUCUAGCACGACCAGAAUCGCCGCACCGUCAGAAACCCGGCUUGACCGUAACGCCAGGAAAGACUGGCCGUAUUACACCCUCUGGUUUCUCCAAGAGCGCAAUUGGCGCACCGCCAAGGUUCGCCAGCCCUGCCCCUCCCAGAUUCAACAGCCCUGCUCCGUCAAGAGCGCUUCCCUUACAAAAGCCACGGACACCCGGUCCCCAGAGGCCAUACUCGCGGAAUAACUCUCGCCUCGGCCAACAUGACACGAUCGAUGAGGAUGGCGAGACGACACCAGUUGGCACAUCACGGACUAGCAACGACUCCCUAUCAAGCUUCAAGAAUCGACGGCCUGGAUCUCGACCAGGCUCGAAUCAAUCCGAAGAGGUGCAACGGCUCACAAAGCUAUUAGAGGAGCGCGACAAGCAGCUCAAAGACCAAGCAUCAUCUCUGAGCGAAAUGGAAGCGAGCCUAUCAGAGAUCCAGAAUCUUAUCCCUGACGACGGUAUGGACUUUGGAUCAUCGCACAGUAAUGGAGAGCCCAAUGAUGUAGGCCAGCUGCGAUCACUUCUGAGGGAGAAGAACGAUAAGAUCGCCAUGCUCACCUCUGAAUUUGACGCACAUCGGUCCGACUUCCGAAGCACAAUCGAUACCUUGGAACUGGCAAGCACAGAAACUGAGCGCGUGUACGAGAAGAAGGUGGAGGAGCUGCAAGAAGAAUUACGAGAAUAUCAGUCUCGGACUGAAGAUGUUGAAACUGUAGCGAUGCAGCUGAAGCAAUUAGAAGAGCUCGUCCAGGAGCUAGAAGAAGGUCUCGAGGAUGCGCGAAGAGGUGAAGCAGAAGCACGGGGCGAGGUCGAGUUCCUGAGAGGCGAAGUCGAACGCGGUCGAUCAGAACUACGCCGUGAGCGGGAGAAGGCUGCAGCAGCCUUGAAGGGCGCAAACACAGUGGUCGAUGCCCCACACACUCCUGGGCAAAGAGAAGUCGAACAACGUGAUGACGAAAUCCGAGGUCUCAAGGCUAUCAUUCACUCACUGAGUUCCGGUGGAGCUGAAGAUCAUGCCCGUUCACCCCUGUCACGACAAGGUUCGUCCGUCAAUCCUGAGGAACUCAAGACUGUACAAGCAAACGCAGACCGUCUCGAGCGCGAGAAAGAGGAGUUACGCGGUCUCGUGGAGCGAAAGGCCUAUCGAGAAGAAGAGUUGGAGCGCGAACUCGAGAAGCUAAAGAGUCAACUCGGACUUGCCGAACAGCGCGAGAGCGUCAUCAGCAACGGCAUGUCUGAGCACACCGCAACACAAGAAAAGCGAUCUUCAGGGCACGACUCAAAAGGCACGGUGGUGAACUGGAGAGAGGCUCCACGUCGUGAUGUACCUCCCGCUCUUACACCCAUGGCGGAGUCGGAUGGCCGCUCCUCAGCAAAUAGCAGUCAUCUCUGGUGCGAGAUCUGCGAAACAGGAGGACAUGACAUUCUCAACUGCUCAGCUAUGGGCGGAGAAGCCUCACAUCCCAAGGAAAACGGGAUACGCAAUGGCAAAGACGUCGUCAUCGAAGGCCUACGCAAUCUCUCCGUUUCAUCAGAUCGCGCGCGGCCUUUAGCGCUAAGCCCAUCCAAGCCACCAGGUAGUGCACCAACUGCGCCACUGCCUUUACCAGCUUUCAAUAACAACUCGAGUUCUUCUUUGGUACCUCCCAAGGGUGCUGCGGUGGCCGACCCAGAUAAGUGGUGUGCUCUUUGCGAGAGCGAGGGGCAUGAUGUUACAGCCUGUCCGAAUGAAGAUGCUUUCUAGGAACCUAUUCUACAGAAGGAAGGGGCGUCGUUUUCGCGAAUGAUAUCCACGAUUGCUUCACACGUAUGCGUAUAGCAAACUACCAUUUUAUCUAUAAUGAUAAUACUCCCGCAAUAGCACUUUAUUUCUACAGUUAUGUGUAACUUGGAGACAUGCAGUGCGAUGAAUCCAGUGUGAAGAGUCCAAAGAGGCUACGCAAAUAAUAGAGGAUUUAGUAUACAAUGCACUAGUAUGAGUUUACUAGAGGCCCCAGGGAAGUAUAACAUACGCAACACGAAGAGAAGUAGAUGAACCAGGCCACUCAUCCCAAUCCAAGUGCACAACCAAACCCUAAACAAAAGCCCACAAGUGUCCCUCCUCAGUAUCUCCACCUCUUGGAGUCUUCCAUAGUUUCUUGAUACGGCUCACAAGCUACUUUGUAUCAAUUCUUAGAUAUCUUCACUUUAG